AUGUUUUAGUAGGAUUAUCGGUGUUCGGUGAACUUGAUGAUUUAAUUAUUUGCUAUAAGGCAAAUUCUCCUUCAAUUUUCACCUCCUGGGGCACAAAAGUGGAUGAUGGAAGGUAUUGUUUCUUGGUCACGUGAUUUUUGACAACAAAAAUUGCGUGUCGGGGCAUUGUGGGUAAGACGCCGUCAACUUCCUUUCUUCACACCGGCCUGCAUCGCCACAUCGUCUCACGUCAGCUAUAGAGAAAAGAUGGGAAUGCGAAGACCGAGAAGUACUAAGAACCCCCCGGUUUUUAGCCAUGAAUUUUUCAUCCAAAAUCAUGCAGACAUUGUGUCAUGUGUGGCAAUGGUUUUCGUCAUUGGAUUGAUGUUUCAGGCUACAGCGCCAGUUGCAUCCUUGUUUGUGACCCUCCAAAACAAUGUUACAAAAGUUAAUAAUGACACGGGGGAUGAGAUCACUAAUUACAUGGCGGGGAUGAAGGACCUGUUUUGUGUCUUCUUCUACCUCCUCAUCUGUAUUGUGGUCCACGCUGUCAUUCAGGAGUACAUUCUGGACAAACUGAACAGGAAGAUGCAUUUGUCUAAAGUGAAGCACAGUAAAUUCAACGAGUCCGGCCAGCUCCUUGCUUUUUAUGGCGCCUCUGCAGUGUGGGGAGCCGACAUUAUUAUCAAGGAAGGCCUGGUGAACAUCAACCAGCUGUGGGAGGGAUAUCCCCACAGUGAGAUCUCGUUUAUCGUGAAAUUCUUCUUCAUCAUGCAAAUCUCCUACUGGAUUCAUUGUUUCCCAGAGCUUUAUUUCCAAAAAGUGAAAAAGGAUGAAAUGUCUUCUAGAAUCCAGUAUGCAGUGCUAUAUCUGGUGUUUAUCUCAGCAGCUUACUUCUUAAAUUUUAACAGAGUAGCCCUGUGUAUGAUUGUUUUACAUUACACAGUAGAGUUUGUUUUCCACCUGGCCCGACUUUUGUACUUUGCUGAGAAAAUAGAUUUGGCCAACCAUGCAUUCAUGGUGUUCAAUGCUUUGUUUGUUCUGGUCAGACUGGGCACAAUCACCCUGUCAGUCUUAACUUUCUGGUAUGGAUUGGAGCAGACCAACCAGCCUAAUAUUGACAUCUCCACUGGAAACUUCAAUACUCAGAUGAUCAGGAUAAACUGUCUGGCCGCCGUGUGUCUCCUGCAGGCCUGGAUGAUGUGGAAUUUCAUCAACUUCCACCUCAGAAGGAUGAGGGAAAGAGGGGCUGCUUCCAGGAAGCUCAAGUCCCCCAAGAAAACCAAAUCUAAGGCCACAGAGGAUGAUAUAAGCUCCCUUCCAGAAGCUGACCAGAAUGCAGCAACAGAAAACGGCAUCAGGGCCCGUCGCUCUAAGAAAAACUAAAUUUCUGCCCACCUGACUGCCAAGCUCUGGACAAAUUGUUCAUCAAUGAUUGACAAGAGAAUUUUAAAAAAGGAUCUGAAUUUUAUUUUUUCUUUAAUUUUUUGAAAAUAUUACAUUUGUUUUAAUUAAAGAAAAACUGGUGUAGUUUUAAAUGCAAUGUAAAGGAAAGUCCUAUUGAAUGAGUCACUUUGGCCAGACUUGAAAACUUGCCAAUUAGAUUUAAGACUGUUUGGUUGUUAUUGUUUAUAAGUUUGUUUUGCUUAACCAAACUUUUUACUUUUUUGUUGAAAAUAGGUUGUUUAUAUUGAUUAGAAAAAUAGUUAGAUAAAAUAACUAUAAUUUUUUCUGAAAUUUAAAUUGCAUAUAGGUACAUACUGUAUACUAUGUAUGUUACAAUAUAAGUAAAUUGUUGUUUUACUUAAUGAGAGCUUAAUCUUGUUCUAACAAAAAUACAUGAAUUUUUAGGUUUACAAUUAUAACUGAUCACGCAGUUUCGUAAUUGUACAUAAUUGUAUAUGUAUUGUCCAUUAUCAUACUGUCUUUUCAAUGUUAAGGUAGUAUUACCUUGAAAUACUUCACCUACCAUGAAAUGGCAGAACAACUAAUGUAAAUCUAGGUUUAAUAUUUGGACAGCCUAUUCAAACACUUUGAUUUUCCCCCAACCUUUGUUAAAAUCCAAGUUUGUUGUGGUGAAUGUUUUGUUACAUCAAACUUUUUUUUUUCUUUUCAUGGAUUUUUCUUUUGUGCAGAAGUUAUACAUGCAUCAAAAUAAUGAAAACCUUCAUAUUGAUAAAGAUAUAUGUGUAGUAGAAUUUGGAACGUGGAUAUUUUUGAUAUUCAGCUUUUUAAUUGUUGACAUUUGAGAAUUAUUGUUAUGAGGUGACUGUGAAGACCACUGAGAGAGGAUUAUCUACUGUGCACUCAGUGCAUUUGGCUUCAACCCAACAUGACCGUCAAGGCAUUGUAGUAUUUUACAUAGAUUUCAAUUUAAUAAUGUGAAUGUUUUGUAAGAACUUAAUGAUAUUUAUAAGUGUUAUAAUAGAGAGCGUACAUGUGGAGAAGGGGUGUGGAAGUUUGGUUGAAAGUGAAAGUAAGAUUGUCAAUAAAUAAAUACCUAGUCAUGUCUUGUUCCUAUUAAUGGAGUUUGCAAUUAUAAUCUUUCAUGUUACAUUUUGUGUGUACAUGUAUAUUUGUGUGUUAAAUUGUCAUCAGCUAAUAUCAUUGGAAAUAUGUUUUAGGUUUUUAGGAAGUAUUUGACUUUGCAGCAACUUCAUUAAGAAGUGAUCUGCUUUAGUGCAUAUUUCAUGACCUAGCUUGAAUUGUUUAGUCUCAGUGUUUCAAAGUUUUGUAUAUUUUUGUAUACUGUGAAGUGAAGUAAUUUUAAAGGAAAACUAGAUAUUUGCAUGUAUAAUUUUCAUACAUCAUAUGUCAAUUAUUAGGUCAUCUUUUUGGUAUACUGAGAGUUAAUUGAUUAUAAAGAAAAGCUAGAUAUAUGCAUGUAUAUAUUAAAUCAUUCAUACAUCAUGUGUCUCCAUUUGUAAAUGGUCUGGGUUAUAUGUGUCCAAUGGAAAUUGUAUUUCUAAAAGAAAACAUGGCAAUAUCAAUAAAAAAAAGAAUGAAAAUGUUCAA